AUGACGAUGCGACGUGCGGUAUUCCUGCGGCCUCUUCUCAUCACUUCUCGCGGUGUGUUGCCGUCGUCUUUACUCUUCACAACUCCCCGUCGCUCCUACGGCGGUGCGGUGCCGUACGGCUCGGUGCCUGCAGACAUUGGAGAGUCCCGCCAUGCACAGAAACCACGCGAGGAGGAUGUCCUGCGAGGAUCAGCAAAGCGCACAGGCACCACCUCAUCUUCCUCUUCACAGACUUCUUCCUCUUCUUCCUCAUCUUCUGCCGGUAAUGUGGAUAGGGAUGGGAGUGAGGCGGUGGGGUAUAAUCCGUGGGAGGUGCUCGGUGUGAAGCCGGGGGCCUCCACGCAGACCAUCCGCCUGCGCUAUCACGAGUUGAUGCGGGAGGUGCACCCCGACUUGGAGCCCAGCGGCACCGGUGAUAUCCCGCGACUCAAUCAAAUCAACAAGGCGUAUGAAAUCAUUACAAAGAGCCCCACACUCGAUAAGCGAUAUCGCAAUCUCGUCACUGAUACACAGUACUUUUACUACAAAUUCCUCCCAGAGUGGAUGGCGCGGAAUGUGGAUGAGAUGCCGCGGUAUUGGAGUUGGGUGAAGUGGCGCACACCAGGCGCCUUUCACAUUUUUCUCUGCUGUUGUGUUUGCUACAUGGUUGGUCGCUUCUACGCGGCGUUUCCACUGCUCACAACGGCGUUUGUGCUGUCGGUGGUGUUUGAUAUUCUCUUCCACACAAUGACGGCACCCGCCACCUGUUCAAUGCUCUUUCUCUACUCCAUUAUGAGUGCACAGAGUUAUGAUAUGGCCUGGUUGACAAGUCCAAAGACAUUCCUGCGACGAGAGCUUGGCUACUAA